AUGCCGCAUUUGCGUCUACGACCUCUCCCCCGCAGGAGACCACCAGAAAACAACAACCCAUCCAGCACGCUUUCCGGAGUUAAUUCCGAGGGGCCUGUUGAAGGGGAAGAAGAAGAAUACGAUGAUUAUGAUGACGAUGCCGAAGACAUAUUUUCUGCCUUUUUGCCUCAUCUGCUGCCCGACGAUGCCCCUCAGUUUCACGGCGAUCCGGGCCAACUGCUACAGUACAGGUCUCCGCUAUACGGAGACUUGACGGUCAUGGUCCCUCAGUAUCCCGAGAAAAGCGGGAACUGGAAUGGAAAGUCUAACCCCAAGGACGGCGAUAUAAUAGUCAACGAGGUUGAAGAAGGCAGAAAGCUCUUUGCACAUAUGCUCUGGAGCUCGGCCAUGGUGGUUGCCGAGAGGUUGGAAGAUGCAGCGAUAAUUACGGCUGGAGAGAAGAAGCUCUCUAGAGAUGAUCUGGAUCGUGCUAGCUGGAAUGUGCAAGGGCACACUGUUUUGGAGCUCGGCGCUGGUGCCGGCUUACCUUCAAUUAUAUCCGCUCUAUCUUCUGCCUCGCAUAUCACUAUUACCGACCAUCCCUCCUCGCCUGCCUUUCUCGGGGCUAUUGAGUAUAAUAUCCGGGCGAACGUGCCCGCAUGGCAACGAGAACGCAUCGUGUCGACGCCGCACGAAUGGGGCGCACUGGACAAUCAAUUUGCACGCGACAACAAAGAGCGCUUCUCGAGGAUCAUAGCUGCCGACUGUCUCUGGAUGAUGGAUCAGCACGCAAACCUAGCCAGGACUCUGCAGUGGUUCCUCCGGCCAGACAGCAACGAUAACCGCGGAGGACGAGCCUGGGUUGUUGCGGGCCUGCACACGGGACGCGCCGUCGUCGCGCAUUUCUUUAAGAUUUCCGAGGCCUUUGGUCUUGAGGUUGAGAGUAUAUACGAGCACGACAUAAAUACUGCGAACGAGGAUGAGCAGGGCGAGGGGCGGCGCGAGUGGGCUGUAGUGCGCGAGGACGAAGGGCCGGGGAAUCGCCAACGAUGGUGUGUUGUUGCGGUGUUGAAGCGGUCUCGCCUUGAUGUCGGGUCGUCUCAAUGA